AUGAGGUUCUUUAAAAGUCAGAGCCCGACUCUGGGUGAGCCCGGCCUGCAGACGCCGUCCUCGCGACCCCCAAGCCGCUCCGUCGCCUCGAUGCGCUCGUCAAAUUCCCACAGCGACAAUGGAAACAAGACAGGCACGUCGACGCCGUCGCGACUCCAGUACUCGGAUGACUUUCGGUACAGAACGAUGGCCAACUAUAUUUACAACAGCAUCAUGGUCAGCGGCUGGAUUCACCCCAACGCGGCCCAGGACCCCAACAACAUCCACGGUGUACUCAUUCGCCGCGCUCGCGGACAAUAUCUCUCCGUCCCGGAGCCUGUUCACCCUGUUCUCCAUGAAGCUGUCAGCCGCAUGAACCUGGCCGUGGCCAUCACAAUCCGACCUCGCUUACUGGAAGGGAUCAUGAUGACUCUGACAGAGGGCCAGACUGAGCUGCGGUUAAAGGACGGUUCCCAGCUGCAAGUCAUUGACUCUCUCAACCACGCACAUCCCACCACGGUGAAAAAGUACCAAUAUGCCUGCAUCUGCCAGCAGGAGCGCAUGCUGCUUGUCUGGCAUGACGACAUUUCGCAUGUCCUCAGCCAUGCGGCGCACCUCGAAGAGAAGCUUCUCACAAUGAUUUGGGGAUCCGGUAAAGUGGCCACCACGGUGCUGUCAUCGCCCUUUCGCACACCCUCCAUCCUCUCCGGCCACACUCCUAGUGGCUACAACACGCCUGGGAACGUCAUCACUGAAAAGGAGGCCUACAUUGCCCCGGCCGAGGAGGCCGACGAAGAGGUUGCCGCCGAAAAGGAAAAGGCCAUGGAGCGCCCCGAGUCCCUGAAGCGGCCCGUCAUGCGCACCUCGGCCGUCUUCAUCGGCCUCGCCAUGGCCGUGACCAUUGUGCUGCUCGUCGGCGUCUAUAUUGGCCGCCUGGUGAGCGAGUGCCUGCUCGACGGCACCUGGGUCCGCAUGGCGCUCGUCUUCCCCAUCCCGCUGCUCUUCUGCGUCAGCCUCUUCUUCUUCCAAAUUGUCUUUUCCGAUAUCUUCCAGAUGCUGGGCCCGAUUGGCGGCAACACGACCAACUCGCGCUACUUUUCCUGCCACAAGCCGAGCGUCGAGCGCGCCUACGCGGCUGGCAUGGAGCUUCCCAAGGUGACGAUCCAGAUGCCUGUCUACAAGGAGGGCAUGGACUCGGUCAUUAUCCCCACCAUCCGCAGUUUGCAGCAGGCCGUCUCCUUUUACGAGUCGCACGGCGGCUCCGCUACCAUCUUUGUCAACGAUGACGGCCUGCGCGCUGGGCUGACGGACGCGCAGGUGCGCCAGCGCCAAGAAUACUACCACAACAACAACAUUGGCUGGGUGGCGCGCCCGCGGCACAAUGGUGACGAGGGCUACGUCCGCAAGGGCAAGUUCAAAAAGGCGUCUAACAUGAACUUUGCGCUCAACUUUGCGCAGCGCGUCGAGCGCCGCAUGCAGGACAUGAUGGAUACCCGCAUCGCGGCUACCGGCUCGGACCUCGUCGACGAGGCCGAGGAGGAGGAGCUGUAUCACACGGCGCUCGCGCAGCUGCUCGACGAGGAGCCGCUCGCGUGGGCCGAAGGCGACAUUCGCGUCGGCGAGAUCAUCUUGCUUGUCGACUCGGACACGCGCGUCCCUAUUGACUGCCUGCUCUACGGCGCCGCCGAAAUGUACCUCUCGCCCGAGGUGGCCAUUGUGCAGCACUCGACCGGCGUCAUGCAGGUCACGCACGACUACUUUGAGAAUGGCAUCACCUACUUCACCAACCUCGUCUACUCGUCGAUUCGCUUCUCCAUUGGUGCCGGCGAGGUCGCGCCGUUUGUCGGGCAUAAUGCAUUUCUCCGCUGGCCCGCCGUGCAGGAUGUCGGCCGCCUGGAGCAAGACGGCGCCUACACGGCUUACUGGUCCGAGAGCCACGUGUCGGAGGAUUUCGACAUUGCGCUGCGUCUGCAGAUGAAGGGCAGCGUCAUCCGCAUCGGUUCCUACCACAACGACGAGUUCAAGGAAGGCGUGUCCCUGACGAUUUACGACGAAAUCAUGCGCUGGCAAAAGUAUGCCUAUGGCGUCUCUGAAAUGAUUUUCCACCCCCUCCACCGUUGGAUCUACCGCGGACCCUUUACCCCCCUCUUCUACACGUUUCUCUUUUCCAACAUUAUGUGGUCGUCCAAGAUCUCCAUUAUCUCCUACAUGUGCUCCUACUUUGCCCUCGGCUCGGCCCUCCUCCUUACCUGCCUCAACUACUUUCUGAUUGGCUGGAUUCGCGAUGAACUGGCUUCGGCGUACCUGACAUCCUGGAACGUCUUUCUCUCCCUCAUCGUCGUCUUCAACGGCGCGGGCCCGAUUGCCUUGGCCAUCCUGCGCUACCGCACCGGCGAGCGCAGCCUCGUUGGUGCCCUCUUUGAAAACUACAAGUGGAUGCCGCUUAUGACUGUCUUCUUUGGCGGCCUCUCCUGGCACAUCACGCUCGCCCUUCUCGCGCACCUCUUCCACAUCGACAUGCAGUGGGGUUCCACGUCCAAGGAAAAGGUCGACUCCAACUUUUUCCAGGAGGUGCCGCGCAUCUUCAAGACGUUUUGGACCAUGUACGUCUUCAUCACCAUCAUGGUGGUGGCCAUGAUUUACCUCGGCGUCUUUGCGCCGCCGAACUGGGCCAUUACCGACUUCUCGGCCAUUGUGCCCCUGGCGCUCAACUUGUCGUUUCACGCGCUGGUGCCGUUUGUGCUGAACCCCAGUUUGAUGGUCUUUGCCUACUAA